AUGGCUUCUACACCCUUUCUUCCCUUUGCAUGCGUCUUCUUUCUUGUUUACCUUGUGCUACCAGUUCUUUCCCAUGUGCACUACCCUGAUCAUUUAAAACCAAAUGGGUUAUCGAGUAAUAACACGACCCCAUCACCUUUUAAAUUUCUUAAAGCCAUGCAAGGAUGUCGUAAGGGCGAGAAACUGAAGGGCGUCCGUGAUCUAAAACUCUAUCUUGCUCAUUUCGGGUACUUCAACUACCAGAAAAACCCUAAUAAUGUAACAGAUCUUGAAGAAGAUAAUUUUGACGAGGAGCUCGAAGCAGCCGUCAAGUCUUAUCAGGUCUACUAUCAUCUGAAUGCCACUGGGAGGCUGGAUGGGCCAACGGUGUCCCAGAUGGUGAUGCCUCGUUGUGGGUUUCCCGAUAAAGAAACUCAGCAUAACCAUAACACCAAUAAUUCUUUACAUACAAUCUCCCAUUACCGAUUCUUUCCAGGAAGACGAAAAUGGCCCACGGGUAAAAAGCAUCUAACUUAUGGUUUUGGAUCCCGUUUCCCAAGAAGAUUCAUUCCUCCUGUUGCUCAAGCUUUUAGGACAUGGGCUAAUGCUUCUGGGUACUUUACGUUUUCAAGAGCAAUAACUUAUCAGGGUGCUGACCUAAAGAUUAGUUUUCAACGUGGAUCUCAUGGAGAUAUCAGGGCAUUUGACGGACCUGGUGGAGUGUUGGCCCAUGCUUUUGCACCUACAAAUGGAAUAUUUCAUUUCGACGCUGAUGAUUCUUGGGUUAUUGGAGCAGUGCCUAAUGCUUUUGAUGUAGAGACUUUGGCGUUACACGAAAUAGGACACCUACUUGGGCUAGAUCAUAGUGGAUUUGAGAACGCGAUAAUGUGGGGUAGUUUCACUGCAGGUGUAACAAAAGAAUUGAACUCGGACGACAUUGAAGGGAUCAGGGAUCUAUAUGGUGUUUAG